CUUUGUUGCACCAAUCAAAAUCACUUCGCUGUGGCGAAGGAAAACUUGCUAGCUAAAUAAUACAGUAUAGUAAUGCUUGUGGAGUGGCGUUGUCCGUAAUAAGUUGGACAUGGCCAAGCAAAAACAACUGGUAAUAUUCCCAACACCCACAAAAGACAUGCAAAGCAAAGAGGAAACACUGGCAUCACCGUCAGGACUGACACCUGAUGCUAGCCAAAAGCUAACGAGGACGUUAGCAUACCGAUAUUAGCGGAGACAGCUAGUUAGCGUCUUUCUCUUGUUUUUGACAAAGCGUGGGGAACUUGGAUGCAAAGUUUACUAUCUGGUGGAUAGCAGUGACGAGGAGGAAAAGGAAUGCGACUAUCAGAGGACUGGCGCACUUUGUACAGUCAUUACUGUUGUGACAAUGGACCUUUGGAGACACUGGCGGGAGCUUACUCAGCGUUUAUUACCUGUGAGGGAGUGACGUUCAAGGAAAACGUUUCACACUUUUCUCUCUGUACUGCUGGGCCCCUCUCCAGAUCAGAUCUUUGGCUAUUGACUUUGAUUUCUUAAGAGCUCAGAACUCCUGCCCUGCCUAGACUUCUUUCCGCCACAGGUCUCUAUUGAUUGGCCACCAGGCAAUGUGGUGCCAAAGGCUGAAGGAUGAUGCAUCCUGCCAAGGCUGGUUUCCCUAAGCAGAAGACAUCUGCCUGCCUCCCCCAGAUGAUUCCCUCACAUCUAAUAGCCCCUUCUUCGUAUCUUCUUGCCAGGAACAAAAUCUACAGUCUUUCUUUUGACCUCACCAUUCCCUAUCUCCCAAUAGAGCGGAACAGAUCUCCGCAAACAUGGAUUCAAAGUGAGUGCAGCAUGCCCAAGGUGGUGGAGGAACACAAGUUCAUUGUUCCCUCGCAGAUGGAAGUUGGAGUUACCAGGCCCACUCCAGGACACAAGUCUUAUCCAAGCAAAAGGGCUAACCCUGAAGCAAAGCCUGCCUUUAAUCUUGGCCUGAUUGUUGAGGCCUCCAAUCUCCAGCCAGUAUGUGGGAUAGGAUGUGAAAAUAUCCCCAGACCCCUUCACUAUCUCCCCACUGCAACAUCCAAUACAGCUGUGCCUGCUGUCUACGAUCCCAUUGUGGUCAGAAACAACUGAACUUAGCCUAUGGAAGCAAAGGUGUGGUUUGGAGAGCAAAUGACCAAACUCAGGAAAAAGUGACGGAGCCACAUUGUAUUUGCUCUUCUCCCAACACAAAAAAACAAGAAUGGCUUAAAAUUAAGGCUCGACCACAAUUCAAGGGCAGACUUUUUGGUGAAGGAGAGGCAGGGAGGAUUGACAUCACUAAGUUGGCCUGGACCAGUCUGAGCAGCACGGCAGCCCUUUCGAAGAAUGAGCCUCUGCCAAAAGCUGCCUCUGCCUAACCAAGUCUCCCACCAUCUGCAACAAAUGUGCUCUAUUAAAGCAGUACCAUAUGGACAACAAGCUAGCUAUUAACACGGCUUCAGCACAUCCCCUUAACCUAGCCCAGAUUUCAAACUUCCAGUCAAAUUGACUGCUGAUUUAAUGCACCGCCAGCAGCCAUGUGGGUCUUGGCACGAGACGGCACUCUCAGCCUUCAGUCAUUAACAGGCUCAUGUAGUGCGCGGCACACAGCGAGACACAGAAGUUAGCUACACAGAUCCUACCAGUAACUACAUCGCAGGUUACUUGGUAUAUCCCUGAACCCAUAUGAGAAAAAGAAGCGACGUCCAAAUAGGAGGAUACAGAGAGCGAGACUCUAUGCUGAUCCAGGGACUCUAACCUUCUUAAGACAAGUAAACUAGGGCUCAAAACACUGUGUUCUACAGAGUGGAAACUAGCUUAUGAAGCAAAUCUACCCACAGAGCUGCUGCAGUGGCAGCCUAACUGGGCUUAUGUCUCAGUUCUUCCACAGUGAUGGAGAGUGCAUUUGCUCCCUCUGCGUGGAUCCAAAAUGGCAGUGAUUAACCCUGCAGGGUGUGAGGGGGGGGACACUUAAAUCCCUGUGGGCCGGGCGGCCAUGUUGACGCCUCUACCCUCUCUGAGUCAUGGGUGGACCCACCCACCGCUCACAAAGCCAUGCUCUCUUCUCCUCGACCAUGACGCCACAGCUAUGAGCCCUCUGUUCUACGACCCAGAGACAACACACACACACACCAAAUCAAUUACAGUUCUGUGGUUUUAACCCGACUCCAAAGUUCAGUAAAUUUUGCUUGUUUAUUUUUUCUCCUCCUGUCUCAGCUGCUUAGAUACUGUACAUAAUUAGAGUGGAAACACAUUUCUUCUCUUAGAAGCCUGAAUGUACACAGUUCUGUGGAUUUAUAGAGACUAAAUAUUGGCAUUAGCGACAACACCGUUUAUUUUGAUUUUACGUUUUGAUUUAACCUUGUUAGUUAUUAACCAAUUCUGUUCUUCAUGAUAGCAAUAUGUCUAUCUGUCUGUGCUAACCAACUGUCAUACUAGGCCAAAGAUAUUUGUUCAACAAACUUGUAUUUCUGAAAUUCUAACCAUUAAUCUGUUUAAUUUAACUUUUAGUUUGUUACGUUUUAUCAAAUAAAAACACAGAGUUA